UUCCUGUGGGCUGGAUCUUCCAUGUUUUGGAAUUUUUGACCACUUGUGUUGAAAACAGAGAAGAAGCAGCACAUUUUCAGAGAGACACUGUUUGGACAAGUUCAGCUGCAUUAAGAUGAGUCUGUGCCACAUAAUCUGCUUCCUUCUUCUGAUGGCUCCUGCUGGCUAUAGUCAGCUUCAGGGUCCUCCUGGUGCCAAAGGAGAUCGAGGAUUUCCUGGGUUACCAGCACCACAAGGCCAACCUGGACUUCGUGGACCUGCUGGACCUGUUGGACUUGUUGGACCUCUUGGACCACCUGGAUUUCCUGGAUCACCUGGACCACCUGGACCACCUGGAGCAGUUGUAACUUGUGGACAAGAGUCUUUUGGUUCUAUUGUACGGGACCUGGAGGCCUUAGAGAGAACCACUGCUAAGUUAGAUCUGGCUAUAAACUUUGACUUUGUCUGGAAGGUUGAUCAAAAAUACUUUGUGUCCAACAAGAAGAGAGGCUCCUUCUCGACGGCCAUAGAGUUCUGCUCCAAACGUGGCCUAGAGCUGGCUUUGCCCCAGAAUGAGGAAGAGAACAACGCAGUGACUGAAGUGUUUGGAGACGCUGACAAAAUGGCCUGGAUCAAUGUCAAAAACAAAAAAUCAGAGGGGAAUUUUGAGACUGAUAUGAAAAACCAACCUCUGACCUUUACCAAGUGGGGAGAAGGUCAGCCAGACAAAUCCAUCCAAGAUACAGGCUGCACCAUGCUGUCAGAAAACGGCAUCUGGCAAGUGACACAUGAAUGCUCUCAGAGUAUUUACAUUAUAUGUCAGUUAUAGGAGGAUCAGCUGUUCCUUGCAAGUCACAUUUGAGGGAAUUUUUUUCACUAGUGUUUCAAUAAGGAAUAUGAAUGGUGUUAAUUUGAAGCUAUUAAAACGACACUUUAAUGAAUUUUGUUUUUUUAAUCAAAUUGCACACACACACAAUACCUGUUUUGGCAGAUGAUGCAACCUGAUGAGUAUGUAAGUA